GCUCUGUCCUCAGAAAGUUGUGGGAGAAGCGCGACGAGGACAGACGUCUACAGCACUACCUGACAUAACACAACGCUACCCACCAAAGACACUCGUUUCUUUUAUCAAGAUGUUUCGUUGGUAUCAGAUGAAGCUGGCAACGCGCCCGCUCCUUACGCAGAGCGUCACGACUGCAGUCCUUUUCGCGACCGGGGAUGCUAUGGCACAGCAACUGGUUGAGAAGAAAGGAUUGAAGAAUCACGAAUUGGCUCGCACAGGUCGCAUGGCCCUUUAUGGUGGUGCUAUCUUCGGUCCAGCCGCAACGACCUGGUUCAAGUUCCUCCAGAACAAGAUCGUUAUGAAGAACAAGAAUGUCGAGAUCCUCGCCCGCGUGGCUGCAGACCAGACAAUCUUUGCCGGCACCAACUUGUUCGUCUUUCUCAGCAGCAUGGCCAUCAUGGAGGGGUCAAGCCCUCAGCAUAAGUUGGAGUCGACAUAUGCAACGGCGCUCCAGAAGAACUGGAUGGUCUGGCCCUUCAUUCAGAUCGUCAACUUCAAGUUGGUGCCCUUGCAUCACAGGGUCCUCGUCGUCAAUGUCAUCUCCCUCGGCUGGAACUGCUACCUCAGCUUCCUCAACAGCCAGGCAUAAGAGCUCUCCAACAUGUACAUUGGGUUUAGGGUUUGCUACCCGCGAUUUCAACAGGUAUCAUUGGAUUUUGCACUGGGCAUAGAUGCAUAGAUCAGGGCAUAGAGUGGGGCAUAUACACAGGGACCUCGCAGCGAU